UGACAAGUACGAUAGGUCGUAUAUCUAUGAUCAUGUAAUAGAUAAAAUCCCGGGGUUGACUUGAAUCUUGAUAUUGAUUCCUAAUGUUUUGAUAUUUCAAUGAUGUCUCUAUGGAUGUCUGUUCACAUAAUAACACUUGGGAUAAUACCAAGGAAUUAAGUUGUUUACUAGGUUGCCAAGCAUUUCAUUAAACAUGACUUUACUGUUAAAAUUAAUAAACUUUGGAGAGAGAAUCAAGCAUGACAGUGAAAUAAUAAUGGUGAUAUAGUUUUGGUACCCAAGUUAUUGCAGCAUGGAUGAGCUCAAACUCCAACUACUAAAAUGGACGAUGGAGAGCAGAAUGAAAGGGGGCCAGGACUGGAGACUGUAAGAGCUCUUCAUCAAACGGUAGUUGCCCUAAGGGCAGCUCUGGAAGAAAGUAGGAGCGUCAUUUCAGAUCUGAAAAGCAAAGCGUGGCCUAUCGAGUCGGUACAGGAGGCUAUACAGGCCUUGUCUUUAGAGAAUCAUAUUUUGAGGCGAAAAUUGUUACUUCACGGUGAUUUGGAAAAGACUGAGAAUUGUAGCAAAACUGACUGUACUGGAUAUAAAGCAAUCAACUGCAGUGAUACUGAGCCGGUAAAGGAGGCCCCCGUGGUAGUAUGUGAAGAAAGAACCCCCAGGGAUGGAAUUUGCAAUGUCGAUAAACCAAAUAUUUCGAACACUGAUAGUCCAAGGCUAAAAACAAAAAAGGUAACUAUACUAUCUCCAAAGCAGAGUCCUAAGAGAUGCCGUCACAACUUAGAAGCUAGAAUUUCAGUCAAAACUGAAGCGACUGGGCCUAGAAGGAAUUCUAGAUCAUUAGAAAGUUUGACUGUGAUAAAGUCUCUGAAAGAAGCAUCGGAGAGAUUUCAGUUCUCCAAGACAUUCAGCUUUUCUGAUUUGUCCAGCCACAUCAGUCGAGAAAUCAGUUUAGGAGUGUGCGAAGCAGCCAACAUGAGUAAAAGAGAUCAAAACACAAAACCGCCAACAGAAAAUAACAUAGUUGAGGAGGAACCAAACAGUCCCCAUAACGAUUUGGAUCAGACUGAAGAGGUGGACGAUAUCGAGUUGAUAUUCACGACUGAUGAUACUAAGGAUUCAGAUUUCAAAGGGCAGCUUGUGUCUAUCGACAACGGGGACUUGGCACAGCAAGCUUCUAAUUUACUACAAUUACAUGCCAGCGAAAUUGAUCAAAAUCUUGAUGUUUCUGACAGAGAACUAGAUGACGACGUAUUCAAUGAUAAUUUCGACAGUGAGAAUCAAGAGAACAGCAAUUUUCAGUCUUUCGAUUACAAAAGAGAGAAUUCACAAAUCUGUGAUUCGAAAUCUGACACUUCUAUAAAUCAGGAAAAGAGUUUGAAAAGUUACUAUUCCUUUCAAGAUUCGAGUUUUGAAAACAGGUCGCUGGAGAAAGAUGAGAGUUUCGAUAGAUUUGAAGAAAGAAUAAGGAUAGAAGAAACCGACAUUUCUAAGUGUGGUAUUCAUGACGUUGAAUAUGCAGCAGGAAGAAGAAAUACGUGUCCUAAUCCUAUCCAAUACAGACCACUUCUGCACAGGGAAGCUCUCUCGAAAGGACUCACAGUAGGCAGAAAAACUAGACCAAUUUUAACACAUUCCAAUGCAGUGAGGAAAGAAUCCGGAGCCCAAACCGAUAUAUCUGCUCUUCCAAACUCAUCUUGGAGAUCUGAGAGUAGUUUAGCUAAUAAAGCAAGAUUGGGGGAUCAUUUCACCACCCUCCCUUCAAAGUAUCCUCUUCCGGGAUCCCGUCUCCGGCUGUCGGAUAAAACUGUUGAAGCGAGACGCGUUUUAUUAUCCGACAUCGGUUUCACCAGCAUGGUUCCUGAACUGUCAAGGUCUGCCGAUCAUUUGUUCCCCCCUAAUGUGAAACCAGCCGGGACAACACCCGCUUACGGACAGUUUCUCAAAACUACAGACCUCUAUUCGCCGGGAUAUGCGUCACAAAAAUUCACUUGGGCAAAUACAGCGUCUACUAGCGAAUGCAGUCAACCACACUCUCGAUACAGUAGUAUGUAUCCGUUGUCGCCUCCAGCACCCCCUAGACGUUGCUCUGCUCCAGUGUCUCCGUCGAAGAAAGUUUUUGUGAAACAGCCGCCAUCCAGAGUGAGAUUCGCCAACGGCUCCCUGCCAGAAUUGAGGGGGGACUGGGCGACUGUCGACAGUGGAGACUCAACAGACAGUCUGGUCGAAGAAGCGGAGAACUACCUGAGAAGAUCGAUCGACUGCAUCAUGACGGGAAGGGAUAUAGUUGCAUCGAAUUACAGUGGCGUGAAAACCAAAUCAGGAUCAAGGAGGGCUUCAGCACCAGAGCCUGCUCGUGACAACGUUCCUCCAACAGGCUGGCAACCGUUUCUGCCUCGCGUCUCACGCGAUUUGAAGUUGGAUCAUUGGGUCAAAGUCAUUACACCGGAAGGCAGGGUCAGAGGCGGGCGGGUCAGGUAUAUCGGAGCGAUGAUUUCUCAGGACGAGCAGUUUGUUGGGGUUCAGUUGAGCAAUCCGGACGGAUAUUGCGACGGAUCUUACAACAACAGAAGGUAUUUUCAGUGUGAACCAUAUCAUGGUAUAUUCGUACCUUUCAAAAAGGUGAUUAUGGGGUGGAGGCCGUAGUGAACGACAAUUAUUUACUCUCUACCUUCACAGUCUGUGUGACAAUUGCUGAAUGUUAUAUUGUUAUAUGUGCCAUAAAAAGUUACAAAACAUGCAAAAAAAAAUUGAAAAUGUCGAAAAUUGAUUAAUGAAAUGGUGAUAGAAAUAUUCUAGUCAAUAUUACUUACUCUUUAUGAUUUUAUUUAUAUUAUUGCACUGAAUACGCAUUGAUUACUAUGCUCUGGUAGAUACAGAUAUUAUUCUUUCAGAAACUAUCGUUAUCUUAGCCCCGUGACAGGGUAGGAAGGCCUAAAAAUUGUGUGUUUUGUAUCAACCAAACUCUUUCUCAUUACUAUUUACGAUUGUAAAAAAUCAUUUUUAUUCCAAAAACGUUGAGUAAUGAAGUAGAUGUUACACAAAUAUCUGUUGUUGUCCUCUCGCAAAUCCUGUAAGGGACAAGGUUAUAUCAGCUGCCUGCAUGAUGUAAAUGCUUGCAUGAUGUACUUUAUAGAAUAAAUGAUCAACCUGAAAACUAUUUCUUGAGGAUGUUGAAUUUCGAAAAUGAACAAAAAAAUAUAUAAUCUGAAUGAAAAUUGUU